GUCGCGUCAUCGAGGUCCUGUUUUGAACGGCGGAGGCGAGCGGGAGCGUGUCGGCGGCUUUGAUACAACCAGUACAACCAGUGUUGUGGUGCCACGAUGGCGUCGGAUAUUGUUGCACAGUUGGCUGACUCCUUGGCCAAGACUGGUGUGGAAGAUGGAGAGCUGAGUUAUAAAGGACAGGGGAGAAAGCUGGAUGAUGCUCAGUCAGUGGAGGAGAUAGUGAAGGAGAUCCAGGACUUUGAGGGCUUACAGGCCCUGAGGCUGGAGGGAAACACUGUGGGUGUGGAGGCAGCACAGGCUAUUGCUAAAGCCCUGGAAACAAAGAGUGACUUCAAACGCUGUUAUUGGAGUGACAUGUUCACAGGUCGCCUCCGCUCUGAGAUCCCACCUGCCUUGAAUUCAUUGGGUGAUGCUCUGAUGCUGGCGGGAGCCAGGCUGACGGUUCUGGACCUCAGCGAUAAUGCAUUUGGACCAGAUGGGGUGAAGGGCAUCGAGAACUUGCUCAAAAGCACCGCCUGUUUCACCUUACAAGAGUUGCGGCUCAACAACUGUGGCAUGGGAAUCGGAGGUGGCAAGAUCUUGGCCGCUUCAUUGACCCAUUGCCAUAAAAAAUCCAGUGCAGAGGCCUCCCCCCUCAGUUUGAAAGUGUUUGUUGCAGGAAGAAACCGACUAGAAAAUGACGGUGCCACCGCCCUCGCUCAAGCCUUCCAGUUGAUGGGCAGCCUGGAGGAGGUCCACAUGCCUCAGAAUGGCAUCAAUCACGCCGGCAUCACCGCUCUGGCCUCGGCCAUGCAACAGAACAAAGCACUGCGAAUCCUCAACCUGAAUGACAACACUUUCACAGAGAAGGGGGCUAUCGCCAUGGCUCAGGCCCUGAAACACCUAGCUAGUGUCCAAGUGAUAAACUUCGGAGAUUGUCUUGUUCGACCAGCUGGAGCCAAAGCUAUCGCAGAAACUGUUUCGGAGGGGCUGCCGAUCCUCAAGGAACUUAAUCUGUCAUAUGGAGAGAUUACAGAGGAGGCGGCUCUGGCUGUGGCUCAGUCUGUUAAAGGAAAGGAUAAGCUGGAGAAACUCGACUUAAAUGGUAACUGUCUUGGAGAAGAUGGCUGCGUAGCUUUAAAAGACGCCAUGGAAAGCUUGAACAUGGGAGAGAUUCUGGGAACACUCAGCGAUGAUGAGGGAGAGCCUGAAGACGACGAGGAUGAGGAUGAAGAUGACGACGAGGAAGACUUAGAAGACGUGGAUGAAGAGGAAUUAGAGGAGGAGGAGGAAGAAGAAGAGGAGGAGGAAGAGGAACACAGUACCAGCAAGUUUUCCACUCCAGUGUCGGCGCCUCGACCGCCAGACGUCUCGUCCUUCCUCAGCUUCCCGUCCCCAGACAAACUGCUGAAACUGGGAGCCAACAGAGCGCUGCUCAUCGAGCAGCAGGUGGACGUUUCAGACGCUCCAAAAACAGCCGAAGCCUUCCUCAAGAUUGCGUCUGUGUACAAGGAAGAAAACAGAGAUGUUAAGAAUGCGGUGCUGGACAGUAUUGAUGCUCUUCUGAGGAAAGCUUACAGCACUCCUUCCUUCCAAGGAUGCAGCUUCGUAUCAUCUCUGUUAGUGCUGCUCGGACUCAUCAAGAGCGAAGACAAAGUCAAGCCCGUGCUCGUGGUCCCUGGACACCUGCACGCUCUGGAGCAUGUGGUACAGCAGGAUUACUUCCCCGAGCAGAGCGUGGCCGUGCUGGAGGCCUUCAUGUCCCGGUAAGGAUGUGAUGUGAUGUGAGCCAAUCAGCAUGAAGCUUCCAGGAACAACAAGAUUUUGGAGUCGUGCGGAAACGCCAGAAUCACACUACAGACUACGCUGCAGAGAGUCAAGUCGGAGAGCUGAGGCCGCCGUUCACUUACAGACUGAACUCUGGUCACCCAUGGCCCUUUGGAAACCACCACAGCAAGAUUUAACAGAGCAGCACUUAAGGGAAACUGUCCUCCAUUGCUCUCCGUCGCCAGGAUGGACCACACACCUUUUUUUUAGACUUUGGACUGAGUUUGAAUGCAUUGUGUUUGUGUGAAGUGAAUUUAAACUUUCGGGGUCAUAUCAACAGAAAACUGCACUGAUAACUUGUAGUCCGUUAUCCGUCUGGUUCUCAUAAAGAGGAAAAGGAUUCACUCCUCUCGUCAGAGCUCAAUCAUUAAAGCUCUGAUCAGGGUUAUAAUGGACUCGCUAACGUCAGAUAAGUUUUCUAUUUCUGCUUUGUAAGGUCAGAUUAUAAGGGUAUUAUAACAUAUUUACUCACAACUUGGACCUAAAAAAAAGGAUAUACUGAAAUGUGUUUUUGCUUUUAUUGUAGGAACUUUUCGAUUUGUUUAAAAAAUAAAUAAAGCAUUUUAAUAUUGGA